GGGUUGAGCCCUCCUCUUCCUGCCUGCUCUCCGCUCACUGCUUUAGGAAACGUGGCCUUAUCAGGACUCCAGCAGCACAGCGGUAGAUGAAUGACAGACUCCCCGCUUCAGCUUCCACUUCUAUCCGCCUGUCAGUUAACGCCACAGCCUCAACAGACCCCGAAGCCUCUCUCUGUGUGAAGAACAAUGUCUGAGGCUGAACAAAUCCCGGCCUCUGCUUCGGAGGCCGCCGCAUCGGCCGUCCUGGACGCCCUGAACGCCACGGACUCCAACGGGACCGAGGCGCUCAACGCCACGGCCAAAUUUGUGGCCACCCCGGAGGGCACGGCUCUGGCGUACGGCAGCCUGGUCUUCAUGGCGCUCCUGCCCAUCUUCUUCGGAGCCCUGCGGUCCGUCACCUGCUCAAAAUCCAAGGAGCUCGGAGAAAAUGAUUACGAUUCUGGGUUCAGAAAUGCAGCCGACAUGCCCGAGACCAUCACCAGUCGGGACGCAGCGAGGUUCCCCAUCAUCGCCAGCUGCACUCUAUUUGGGCUCUACCUCUUCUUCAAGGUUUUCUCUCAAGAGUACAUCAACCUGCUGCUGUCGGUCUACUUCUUCGUCCUGGGCGUCCUGGCUCUGUCUCACACUAUGAGUCCUCUGAUGUCCAGAGUCUUCCCAGCUUCUUUCCCAAACAAACAGUACCAGCUGCUCUUCACUCAGGGCUCCGGAGAGUCCAAAGAAGAAAUAGUCAAUUAUGAGUUUGACACUAAGAACCUGGUGUGUCUGCUCAUCAGCACCGUGGUGGGAGUCUGGUACCUGCUCAAAAAGCACUGGAUAGCCAAUAACCUGUUCGGGCUGGCGUUCGCCCUGAACGGAGUGGAGCUGCUCCACCUGAACAACGUCAGCACCGGCUGUAUCCUGCUGGGGGGGCUGUUCGUCUACGACGUCUUCUGGGUGUUUGGGACCAACGUCAUGGUGACUGUUGCCAAGUCAUUUGAAGCACCAAUCAAAUUGGUGUUUCCACAGGACUUGUUGGAGAAAGGUCUGGAGGCCAGUAACUUUGCCAUGCUGGGACUGGGAGACAUCGUCAUCCCGGGUAUCUUCAUCGCUCUGCUGCUGCGCUUCGAUGUCAGCUUGAAUAAAAACAGCAGGACGUAUUUCUACUCCAGCUUCCUGGCCUACAUCUUUGGACUGGGCCUCACCAUCUUUGUCAUGCACACCUUCAAGCAUGCACAGCCCGCCCUGCUGUACCUGGUGCCCGCCUGUGUCGGCUUCCCCGUCAUCAUAGCGCUGUUCAAAGGAGAGCUCACAGAGAUGUUCAGGUAUGAGGAGUCAUCUGAGGAGACUAAAGAGGAAGCGACAGAGUCAGAGAAGAAGGACCAAUAAUAUCCAUGUCGCCCCCGCCCCCUGCCCUCCCUCCUUCAAAUACUUUUCAUCAUCAGCCUGCUGCCACCACAUUUCACUGAAGCCCCGCCCCCUCCAGUCUCUCCAGCUUGUCAGCCAGGGGAAACGGGGCUCAUGUUGCCAACGCGUUUGUCUCUGAUAACCACGGGAGCGGCCGCCGACUGUUACCCGUGGUUACGACUGCCGUCGCGCUGCCAACGAUGAUGUUUGUAAUUAUUAAAAGUCGUUUUGGGACCCGGUGCCUACCACGAAUCCUCACACAGGACCACGAAGUGGCGUGUCAGGGAACACCUGUCCAAUCGGAUCUCAUCAUGUGUUUGCAGCUCGCCGCUCAGAUAGGCAGGGAAACGAGAAGGAGCGCUUGUUUUAGCCUUUACACGGCCCCGAGCGUGGACGAGUCGGACGGAAAAGCGAGCACUGCUGCCAUUUUCUUUCUUGUUUGUUCCUUUUUUUUUCUGAAACCCUCAAACAAAGAACCGCUGAUGAUUGUGACGAUCCCCAGAAUCUGAUCCUGUAAAAAGUCUGGAGGCGUGGGAAUGAUGUGGUUCUUUGUUUCCGGGCGUCUCCGCUCACCAGGCGCUGCUCACACUGCCUUCUGCUCAUCAUCAUCAUCAUCUUCAACUGGUUUUAUCUGUAUUUGUUUCUUAUAAUAGGCCAGAAUUUUAAGAGGGAAACCCCGGCUAACAGUUUCAGUUUUUUAGGUAUACAGUUAUGUUGUCAUUUGUUAAAGCUGUGUUGUGUUUACAUCCACUUGUCUCCAUGCUGACUGUACAUGUGAGUUCUCCCUGUCUGUCCGGCUGUUUGUCAGAGAAUAAAUCUGCUUUCCAAUCA